AUGUCAAGCUCCAACCCCAUCAAGGGCUCGUCGAACAAAGGUGACGACUUCCACUUCGACGAGCGGGCGCAGAUGAGAAAUGACUACGACCGCUUCCUCAACACGGUGACGCUGGGGACGCUGUUUGUCGCGCCGAUCCUGAUCGCCAUGCCGCCUCGAAAGCUCGAUUUCUACACCUUCUCGCUGGGGAGCGCGUGGUUCGCGGCCGCGUCGUACCGGAACCUGCCUGCGAGAACGCUGCACCGGUUCCAGGACGUCGGGGGCAUGCCGCGGGCCGCCAGAGAUCUACAGGAGCGCGAGAGGCUGAGAGGCGAUGCACGCGAGAGCCGCCGGCUGCUAGAGGAGCCCGGAGCGGUGCCGGAGAAAACUACGAGUAAGAAGACGCGGGCGUUGUUGGAGGACAAAGCCAAGGAGAUCUGGAUGGGUGGCGAGACGGAGGGCUGGAAGGAGCGGAGGCUACGAGAAGAGAGGGAGCGCCUGGCCAAGGGUGAGACCUACGGGUCGAUGAUAAUGGAUCAGAUCUGGGAGGUGUGGAAUUGGGGAGGUAAGAGUGGCAAUGAUGCUGAUGGGGACCGGCUCAGGCAGGGACCGAGCUCGAAGAACGGGUGA